AUGAUAUCAGAAGAACAAAUGAAACACAUACUGGAGGCCCAGCAGGCCAGCUUCAUGGCAUUACUCACGGAAAUGCAACGAAAUUGGGGACCGGCAUCCAGAGAGAACAAGAGGAAACAGGUCGAACAACGGAUCAACGAGUUGGUUUACGAUCCAGAGGGAGGCGUAAAUUUCGAAGCCUGGUUUCGAAAGUACGAAGGACUGUUCGAAGAGAAGGGAGCAGAACUGGACGACAAGACGAAAGUGGAAACCAUUCUGCUAAAACUGGCCCAGCGGGAACACGAGCGGUACGUAAAGUUCAUUCUGCCUCAGAAACCAUCAGAUGUCUCGUUUAAGGACACAGUCAAGCAUCUGAAAGCAUUGUUCUGUUUUACAAAGUCGUUAUUCAAUCGACGUUAUGAAUGUUUCAAGCUAGAACGUAAGCCUGAAGAAGACUAUUUUGACUUGGCCGGUCGAGUUAAUGAUACUUUUCAGCAAGCCGAGCUAGAACAGGCCACCAGCAUACAGAUUAAAGCACUAUUCUUCAUUAAGUCGUUGACGUUGCCAGAAGAUGCAGAUGUGCGCACGCGGUUACUCGCCCAGCUAGACCAGAAAGGCGAUAUGACAGUACAGGAACUGGCAGAGGAAUGUGUCCGAAUCACAAAUAUCAAGCAAGACACCCGGCUUAUUGGAAGCAUAAAUAGUCAGCCAGUUUACGUUUUCGACACAAAAUCGAGAUAACCACAACCAAAUAGAGUUUCUCCACGGAAGCCAAAGACGGCUUGUUGGCUGUGCGGCGGCUGGCAUUACGAGAGUGAAUGUCCUUAUCGUAGUAGGAAGUGCUACAAAUGUUCCCGUGUUGGCCAUAAAGCUUCACAUUGCAGAGCAGCGCACACUAGCCCAAGAAAGAAUUGCCAUGUCGUUUUAGAAGACGAUUCGCAUGUACUCAACUGUGAACACCGGAAAUGCCUGACAGUGAAGAUUAACAAAAAGCCGAUCACAUUACAAGCAGACACGGCUUCUGAUCUGACCAUAAUCAGCAUGCGCACAUGGGAGGACAUCGGUUCUCCAGAAUUGACACCAUCAGAGAUCAUAGCGUGGGCGUCGAACGAGACGCGUAUGGAAUUUGAAGGCGUUUUCCAGGCGACUGUCAGUUUUCGAAACAUGACUUGCCUCGCAGAUGUCUAUGUGUCGAAGACCCGUAACAAUCUUCUCGGAAAUAAGACGAUCUCCGAACUGGGAUUGUGGAACCGUCCCUUUGACGAAAUUUGCAGCGCGGUGCACAACACUACUGAGGAGGUCCUGAAGAAUAAGUAUAUGGAACGCAUGGAGAACGCGGCCGGCAGGUGCACGAAAAUGAAGAUUAGUUUGAAAGUGAAGACGGAGAAAAAUCCAAUCUUCAAGCAGAGCCGACGAGUCCCGUUUGCGGUACAGUCGUCCGUAGAAGCUGAACUAGAAAGACUACAGACAAAGGGCAUAAUCUAUUCUACAAAUUAUUCUGCUUGGGCUGCUCCAGUCGUGGCGGUGAAGAAACCCAACGGACAAAUACGAUUAUGUGCGGAUUAUUCAACGGGCCUGAACGACGCACUAGAAGAUUAUUAUUACCCGCUGCCAACCUUAGAGCAGAUUUUUGCUACUCUAAAUGGAAGGAAAGUCUUUGCAAGGAUCGAUCUAUCCGAAGCUUACUUGCAAAUGGAGGUGGACGAGAAAUCGCAGGAACUUUUGACCAUUAAUACGCACAAGGGUCUCUUCAGAUACACUCGCCUAAACUACGGCGUGAAAACGGCGCCUAGUGUGUUCCAGCAGAUUAUGGAUACGAUGCUUACGAAUGUUCCCGGGACUAUUGCAUAUCUGGACGAUAUUUUGGUUGUCGGUAGCUCAGAGGAAGAGCUGACUCAAAGGCUGGACCAGGUUGUGGACAAUCUGAUCGACUACGGCCUUAAUAUAAAUAUGGAGAAAAGUGAAUUUUUGCGGAAGGAGAUCCACUAUCUCGGGUUCAUAGUCAACGAGAAUGGGCGUGCCCCUGACCCAGAGAGGGUGAAGGCAUUCCAGAACAUGAAAGUGCCGAAGAACACGAAGGAGCGGCAAUCGUUUAUGGGGUUGGUCAGCUACUACGGUCCGUUCAUCACUGGGUUGCACAGUUUAAAACCUCCACUCAGCCGACUUCUGUGCAAGGACGUGGAGUUUAUUUGGUCACCAGAAUGUCAAAACGCAUUUGAUGCCAUAAAGACAAAGAUAUGCGACUCAACUAUGCUAUCGCACUUAGAGGCUGACAAAGAAACCAUUCUCCAGGCAGACGCCUCUGAUUACGGUUUAGGCGGAGUGCUCCUUCAGAAGGACGCAGAUGGGAGAGUACAGCCAAUCAUGCAUGCCGCCAGGUCACUGACGAAGGCAGAACGGAAUUAUAGCCAGAUUGAAAAGGAGGCACUGGCCAUUAUCUUCGCCGUACAGAGAUUCCACCUGUUUAUUUAUGGCAGACCCUUCACACUGCACACUGAUCAUCAACCACCGAAGUUCCUUUUGGGUACUAACCGUGGUGUUCCCCAGAACGUAGCUAGGAGAAUACAACGCUGGAGUACUAUUCUUCAAAACUAUGACUUUCAGAUCCAAUAUGUGCCCACUCAGAAGUUUGGAGCUCCGGACGCUUUAUCACGACUGAGUACAGGCAACGAAAAUCAAGAAGACGUGGUUGUCGCCAGUACGCUAAUGCAAGAUGAUGACGAGUUUAGAGGUGUCAUCCGGCAGUUGCCGCUCACAGCCGAGCACAUCAGGACCACCACUGCAGCAGACCCACUUUUGCGCCAGGUGAAAGAGUUUAUUCGGAACGGUUGGCCCAGCGACGACAAAGUACACCCAUCGAUAAAGCCUUUCAGGAACAGAAAGGAACAGUUGUAUAUCACGGAAGACUGCAUAAUGUACGAUGGUAAAGUGGUGAUUCCAACCAGAUAUCAGCAACAAGUUUUGCGGCAGCUCCAUGCCGGACAUCAGGGUAUGACCCGCAUGAAACAACUGGCCCGCAAGUACGUAUAUUGGCCGGGAAUUGAUAACGACGUGGAAUCUUUUGUUCGAAGCUGCGGCCCGUGUGGACGUAAGGCUAAGAACCCACCGAAAGUACCGCCCGUGCCAUGGCCAGAGGUAACGAGACCUUGGAGUAGAGUCCAUAUGGACUUUGCGGAUCCGUUUUUCAACCGAAUGUUUCUAAUUGUUGUCGAUGCAUGGUCCAAGUGGCUAGAAGUUUUCGACGUCUCGGCAGCUACUGCUGAUAUCACAGCAAGGAAGACGGAAGAACUAAUAGCGAGAUACGGCAUCCCCACGGAGAUUGUGACGGAUAACGGCACUCAGUUCACGUCAUCAAUCUUCCAACAACUGUGUCAGAAAUGGGGAAAUCGACAUGUGACGUCACCACCAUUCCAUCCACAAUCAAAUGGCCAGGCAGAACGGUUCGUCGACACGUUAAAGAGAGCGAUGAAAAAGAUGUGGAACACUGGUGUUAAACUGGAGUAUCUCAACACAUUCCUCUUUGCCUAUCGAACAACUCCAAGAAGUGAUCUUGGGGGCCAGACACCAGUUGAACGGUUUUUGGGACGACAGCCGGAGACGCAAUUACAGUACCUACAACCGGAAGCUCGAGUUCCACAAGCAACAAAAUAUUACUUUCGCGAGGGAGAGGAGGUGUUUGCUCGCAACUACAAAGCCGGAGAGAAGCCCUGGAUAGAAAUUAUAAUAAGAAAAUCCAGAGGUGUUGUGUUCGAGGUGGAGACAGCAGCUGGAAAAAUAAACAGGCAUGCAAAUCAGCUCAGGACUAGACACACCAGGGACAGAGAGGUUCCAACCCCCACGGUAGACAGUCAGACAACAUUACCCGUCGUUCGUAGAGGUAGCAGAAGAACGCAACCGCCAAGGAAACUGGUCUUGGACCCGAAGAAGAAGAGGUACGAGGUCCAACUUUCAAAAGCGGGAGGUGUUAUGGAGAGCGAAAGCGGCGUAGAGCCACGGCCUAAGACGCCAAACAAAGGACCAAGUCGGCGACGUGAGUCACGCACGAAGUUAGACAACUGA